AUGGCUGAUGUGAGAGGCCAGACCUCGAACAACUCAAAGGUGUGGGUUCAAUAUUCAAUUAAGAACUACGUGGUCUGUAAAUACAUGUUCCUCCUCUACUCUUAUACUAAAUGUAGCAUUUCCAUUGCAUUCAACACUGUUCCAUAGUAUUACCAAUCUUCUGCGUCAUAGCAUUCUAUCUUAUUCCAUGGCGUUCCAGAGGCGGGGUCGCUUAGCUUAGCGAGGGCUCUAGGCCCGAGCCCCACUAUGGGUUCUAACCCUCACAGCUGAAGAAGAUAUACAUAACAAAGAACGGUAUGACAGCUGUCUUUACGCGUGGUCAUCGGCUCGAUGGGAGGGAUGGGAAUCAGGCCGCUAAAUCUGGUGCAGCUACCCUUCAAGCCUUCUGGAGGCAGGAAUUGUGGGGAAAGGGGAAGGGUACUUUAAUAGUUGGGAAGAUUGAGAUCGAGGUUAAGACUAACCCUCGGCCCGCGGAUUUAAAUCACGUAUGUUCCUCUCCACUCACCCUUAUGAUGGGAAUCCUCGCUAAACAGAAACACCAGGACGAAUACGACACCGAAGAACCCUGCCACGGAAUGCAUCUCAAUUGCGAAAUCCUCCCCUCAAAUACCACCAAAACCCAACCCCUCACAUGCGACUAUCCACACAUGCUAAUGACCCCCGUCGAACGUCGAGCUUUCGUCCUCCACGAUCUCACCAACGUCUGGAAAUACCUUGGAACCUUCUGCUCCCCUCUCUACAUCAAGCUCUCCCCGUCGCAAAUCCUCAUCGCAUUCCCUAAGACGCGAACAACUACGCGAACCCGGCCAUUUACAGACCGAAAGCUACAUUUCAAAGAGAUAAACGGGGUGAAGAGUAGUUAUGUGACGGAUACGUAUGUGGAGGAGACGACGGAGUAUGGGUAUGGGGAUGAGCAGUUGAAGCUUAGUCGGGAACACCUUUUUAAGGCUGUAGAUGAGAGUUUGGUUGAGGGGGGAAUGCCGGUGGAGUUUUUCGCCGGCGUCGGUUAGGAGUUAUGCGACGAAAUUUAAAGGUUGAGGGGUAUGUUGUUCUGAUUAUUAACUCUUGAGGUUGGGUGGUGGGUUGGAUGGCGUGAUGGAGUGUGUAGAACCCUUAGUACAGUAUGUUAUACUCCAUGUUCUCUUCAUUUCUGGCUUUUACUGACUUCCCCACCGCGUAAUAUUUUCUUUUUUGCUCUUUGCAAAAAGUCGGGAUCUCAGCAUGGCGUUAAGCGUUGGACUGUGGGAGGUUUGUCCACUAGUACGAGUACUUCUCGAGAAUCGCUCUCUCUCUUCAUAUAUGUCUUAACUACACGCUUCCUGGCGACUUCCCCAAAACCUGCCAUUCUUUACAUGUCGUAAAACAGCGUCUUAUCUGACUAAACAUCCCUAAUACGGCCUAGAGUUCUUGCUUUACUGAG